GUUAUCAUGUCCCGUAAUUACCGUGGAAAUAUUGAUUUAUCAGUCAUCGAUCAUUUUAUGCCACUUUUGAUGGAACGAGAAGAUGAAGGCCAAAUUUCACCUGUUAUUAGCAAGAAUGAUGUCAGUUAUGUUUAUGUGAAGCAUAUGAAUAUUUUUCUGGUAUCGAUAGCCAAAAAAAAUAUCAAUGUCGCAAUGAUUAUGUCUUUUUUAUACAAAUGUAUCGAAGUGUUCAGCGAGUAUUUCAAAGACUUUGAAGAGGAAUCUGUCAGAGAUAAUUUUGUCGUUAUAUAUGAACUGCUUGAUGAAAUGAUGGAUUUCGGUUAUCCGCAAACAACAGAAGGGCGAAUUUUGCAAGAAUAUAUAACUCAAGAAAGAUAUAUGCUGGACAUAACACCUCGUCCACCGAUGGCAGUUACAAAUGCUGUAUCAUGGCGCUCCGAAGGCCUAAAAUAUAGGAAGAACGAAGUGUUUCUAGAUGUUAUAGAAUCGCUAAAUAUGCUGGCAAAUUCUUCUGGAACCGUUUUACGAAGUGAAAUAAUUGGAACCAUUCGAAUGCGUGUCUUAUUAUCAGGAAUGCCUGAAUUGAGAUUGGGUCUGAAUGAUAAAGUUCUUUUUCAGGCUUGUUCUCGUGGCAGAGGAAGAGCUGUGGAAUUGGAAGAUGUUAAAUUUCAUCAGUGCGUUCGGCUAUCGCGGUUUGAAAAUGAUCGGACGAUUAGUUUCGUACCACCUGAUGGCGAAUUUGAAUUAAUGAGCUAUCGAUUAACCACAGCAGUUAAACCUCUUAUUUGGGUGGAAGCUUGCAUGGAAAAAUAUGCGCAUUCUCGCGUUGAAUAUAUGGUGAAGGCAAAAUCGCAAUUCAAACGUCAGUCUAUCGCAAACCAUGUAGAAGUUGUUAUUCCUGUACCAAGCGAUGCUGAUUCUCCCAAAUUUAAAACCUCUGUAGGCUCAGUAAAAUACGUACCAGAAUUAAGUGCAUUUAUAUGGAUGAUACGUAGUUUCCCAGGUGGACGAGAAUAUCUUAUGCGGGCUCAUUUUAGUCUUCCAUCUGUAGCGAGUGAAGAGGUUGAAGGUCGACCACCUAUUUCUGUAAAGUUUGAAAUCCCUUAUUUCACUACUAGCGGUCUUCAAGUGAGGUAUCUAAAAAUUAUCGAGAAAAGUGGCUAUCAGGCUUUGCCAUGGGUUCGCUAUGUUACUCAGAACGGUGAUUACCAAUUAAGAAUGCAAUGA